AUGACAAACUGGAAUCAACGUGUUAUCACGGCCUUCUGUUCGUUUGACGCGAGAGGGUAUGUGACAGCCUUCUUCAGAGCAGUGCAGGAGGUGCCUCUGAAUGCGACUGGCUUCAACUACUACCAGUACAGUCUCAGACUCUACAAGUCAGGAGUGUUCAGUCACUACUUCAGGGAGCAAGACUAUCCGGUGGUUGUGACCAUAGGAGACGAUCUAUAUUUCGGGGCUGCCCUAAAGACCCAACAACUGGGGUUGAAAGUGUUAGCCAGGACAUGCUGGGCCAGCAAGACCAACUCACCUCUGGAUCCAGAGAGAUACUACCUGCAGAGAGAUGGGUGUCCCGAGGACCCCACCUUCAUCCGCCUUCCGAGUGACGACCCCCACCUGGACCGGUUCUCUUUCCAGGCCUUCCAGUUCAUGGUGGACCAGACUGCAGUUGUCUACAUCCACUGCGAGGUGUUCUCCUGUGCUGGAGAUGACAAGACAAACACAAACCAAGUCUGCUCAGUGCCAUCCAUAUGUCCGCGUAGAUAUAAGCGACAGAUAGCUACCAUAAACACGUUAAACAACUACGAGCUCCAAAAUCACAACAUUUUGAUCAACAAAACGACAAUCUUAGCAAAAACAACUCCAAAAACAACUGAUGUAAAAGAACCUUCAAAAACGACAAGAAACUCGCUAAUCAAAACCGAUUCUGCUUCGUCUGCCAUUCGUUCACGACGACAGCAACAACAGCAGCAGAAAUCGCCGAGUGGCUCUCGUGUUGAGAAGUCGGCCUAUUUGCAGAGUGGUUUGUCAGCCGGGCAAUACGAGAGAGUAAUCGUGAGUCAAAGAGGAGCGAUGGUGUUUGUACCAAAAGACAGCAACAUACGGCCGAACGAUAUCUUAGUUAUCGAUCAGGCCAAUGGCAACUCGGAUCCGUUCCAAGGUCGAUACGGUCCAAAUGACGUCACAGACUGGGAUCGAGGAGUGAAGCCAAUCCACUCUGUCUUGGUAGUUGUCGCCGUCUGUCUUUGUGCGAGCAUGUUUGCGUUAGUUCUGGCUCUAGCUGUGGUUCUCAUCACCCCAAGAUGCUUUGUACCAUUGACUAUUGGCAUGUCAGAUACAAUUGACUGA